AUGGCAGUAGUUAUUAAACCUCAUCGCUUAAAGUUAAACUUAUUACCGUCCUUAGGUCUUAAUCCGCUCUCAGUGGCUAAAUUUUUCUAUGAAAGGGGGAUAGAAACUAAUUCCACGAUGCAAGACUUGCUUUAUCUUUCUUAUUUAGAAGGAACUUAUCAAGGACUAUUUGACAAGUAUCCAAACAUAAUCAACAAGCAAGUCAGCCAACAUUUAGAAAACAUUUAUCGGCAAUAUAAAAAACACGAAGCAAAAAAAAGAGAAUUAACUUUUGCCGAAAAAGCCAAAGAUCGAGCUUGGAAAAUAACUCAACUGGUGCCGAAAACUUUUUUUGAUUUUAGUGAGAUGAUAAUUGGUUGUCUUCAUCAGGAUGGUUUCACUAAUGCUGUUAAAAGAAACCAAUUUAAAGCAAUAUUAGCCGAAUUAUUGACUGCUCUCGAACUCUUUAGUACUCAUGAUUUUGAAGAAAAAGUCGCAGAAAUCGACAAUUGUCAUCAAGUUAAAGCCGAGUAUAUGAAAACUCGAAUUGGCGAACUGCUCGGUUGA